UCUGUUAAGAUUUUAUGCAUAGCGAGCUCAGAAAAUGAUAUAAACACUUACCUUUCGAGCUGUCCACAAAAGGCCGUCUUUAGAAGUCUUAGACAGAUGACAGACUGUGGGCAGCUGCUGUUCAAUCUUACACUAUGUUGUCCUUACACACCGUAUCCAUCUGGAGCUGCUCUUCAGGUUGGUCUCACUGUAAAGGAGGCAGAAGAGUCCUGAAGUGGCUGCUGGGAAAUGUUGAGCAGAGAACAUUCGCAUCAUCCUACCUUAAAAUCUCAUCAGCUGUAGGAAGAGUUGCUCCUGUUUUCUCCAGAGCUUCUGCGUAUGGAGACAAUGUGGCCAUUACGGAUCACAGCGGGAGCCACACCUACCGCUCCCUCUACAAAAACAGCAAAAGCCUGGCGGGGCUCAUUACUAAAGCACUCACCUGUCAAUCAGGAGACCUGCAGGGCAAGCGUAUCUCAUUCUUGUGUGCCAAUGACGCAUCCUACACUGUGGCGCAGUGGGCGGCCUGGAUGUGUGGCGGCAUAGCUGUGCCCCUCUACAGGAAGCAUCCUCCAAGUGAGCUGGAAUAUGUCAUCUCAGACUCCCAGAGCUCGCUGCUGGUAGCCGGACAACCUUUCGUGGAUACCCUUGAGCCCUUGGCCCAGAAACUAGGGCUGCCCUGCCUACAGCUUCCCACCACGUCUAGCCUAGAUACUCUACAGUCUGAGGACACACAGAUGCUGCCAGAGGAGAACAUCUUAGACUGGGCAGAGAGGCCAGCCAUGCUCAUCUACACCAGCGGCACCACGGGCAGACCAAAAGGAGUGCUUCACACUCACACCAGCCUGCAGGCCAUGGUUCAGGGUUUGGUAUCAGAGUGGGGAUGGACUAAAGAUGAUGUCAUCUUGCACACGCUGCCCCUUCACCAUGUGCAUGGCAUCGUGAAUAAACUGAUGUGCCCACUCUGGGUGGGUGCUACCUGCAUCAUGCUGCCAGAGUUCAGUGCUCAGAAGGUUUGGGAGCAGUUGAUCAGUUCAAAGUCCCCCAUGGUGAAUGUAUUUAUGGCAGUUCCCACCAUCUACUCUAAACUCACUGAAUAUUAUGACCAGCACUUCACUCAACCUCGAGUCCAAGACUUCAUCAGAGCUGUGUGCAAAGAGAGAAUACGGUUGAUGGUGUCUGGUUCUGCUGCUCUUCCACAGCCUGUCCUGGAGCGUUGGGCAGAGAUCACAGGUCAUGUGCUGCUGGAGCGCUACGGCAUGACUGAGAUUGGCAUGGCACUGUCAAAUCCACUUAAGGGCCCACGUGUACCUGGUGCGGUUGGAGUGCCUCUGCCAGGAGUGGAAGUGCGUAUCAUGAUGACAAACUCCACUAACGCUAUCAUCGCUGAGGGCAACAGCAAAGGAACCCAGGUGAAGGCUGGUUUGGAGGGGAAGGAAGGCGAGCUGUUGGUUCGAGGUUCUUCUGUUUUUCAGAAGUACUGGAACAAACCUCAGGAGACCGCAGACAGCUUCACUGAGGACGGAUGGUUCAAAACUGGUGACACUGCACUCUACAGAGAUGGUGUGUACUGGAUCAUGGGCCGCACAUCUGUGGACAUCAUCAAGAGCGGAGGAUACAAGAUCAGUGCGCUAGAUGUGGAGAGACAUCUGCUUGCCCACCCAGAUAUCACAGAUGUGGCUGUGAUUGGUGCUCCAGACCCAACCUGGGGUCAGAAGGUCACGGCAGUUUUGCAACUAAAAAAGGGGAAGACUUUGACUCUGUCACAGCUAAAGGCCUGGGCCAGAGAGCACAUGGCUCCAUACACUAUUCCCACAGGGCUGAUCCUGGUGGAAGUCAUGCCCAGAAACCAGAUGGGCAAGCUGUGUGUACACAGGUGUGCGGUCAGGCCCGAAGGCAGUGUGGGCUUGUGGAGAAGGAAGUGAUUACAGCACAGAUGGGUCCUCUCUUCUGUCGUCCACUCUAUUUCACUGAUAGUGCAUCUACAGAUAAGGCCAUUGUAUUGGUCCGUGAGAGAACAAGUGUAGUUGUUUCUUGACGAAUCUCUGUUAGAAAAGCCUUACUCUCUUGUCCUAGGAAUCUCAGGUAAGUCUAUAGGUGUGCAUUUCAGUGCUCUAUACCAUCGGUUGAACAAGCAGCUGGCAUGUUGGAUUGCUCAAAUGCAAUAUUUAAAUUUUACCGGGAAAUGUACAUAAUAAUGGCUUACGUGAAGUUACUUAAAAUAUUACCUUUGCUUUUCUUCAAAACUGGGUUUAAUUUGCUCUAUAUCAUCAAACGUGAUGUUUUGGUGCCUUGGACAUCCAAUUGGAAAUGGUUGCGCAUCUGUUCUGAUAUGUUCGGGUACAAAAGUGAGAAACGAUGCUGAAUGAACAUAAAAUCCAACUAAGCAUAUCGUCACCGAUAAUUAGGAAAAGCAAAAUAAACGGGGUUUCAGCUUCCCAUAUUUUUUAUUGCUGACGUUAAAGGAUGUGCGUUCAAACAAACUACAGUAUUUUGUUAUUUAUAUACACUUUAGUGUACUUAUUAUGGGAAUGCACGAUGUUAAUAUUUAUACAUUUCAGGGGUUGAUUAAGGGUGCUUUGGUUUACUUUAGUGCAAUUUCUGCACUAUUGAACCACAACCAUGACUCACUGUUCAGCUUUCCCAGAGUGUGUCUCCUUCUAAGUGUUUGUGACUUUGGAAGUUAUUGUGUAUAAAUUAACUUACAGUGCAGCAGUUGCCCUAUAAUAAAUCACCACAAUUACUCAGAGUGUCAGCAGCACUGAGCCAGAGAGCUGACAACGCGACUCCAACCAUCCAGAGAGAAAGACAGACCGAGGCACUGACGGACAGACUCCCACAGGCUGGGCUCUGGAAAUAUAAGUCAGCCCCACCAGCAGAGGAUGGGGAUUUGAGAAGAUACGGUGGUAAAAUAGAUGUUGAAUGAACAGAGGCAACCAAGCGGGGAAAAAGAGAGAAGGAAAGCGCACCCGCUCCAUCCCUCCUCCGCCUGCAGCCACCAGAGAGCUGAUUAAGAGAGCAGCUCUAUCGAUCUCUGGCCCGGCUGAGAAGGAUGGAUGUGCUGGGUGGGUUGCAGUGGCACCGGUGGAUGGGCUGUGAGACAUGCUGACAGGAGACUAUAAAGGUGGCACAGCAAAGAGAAUUGGUUGUGGUGUCAACACUGAUGAGAGCAGGGCUGUGAAGAUUGUUUUUUUUUUUUUUCGUUAUGUUUUUUUUAUUUGCGUGGGGGGGUUGAUCCCCAAGGCUCUAGAAUGAUAAAAUGUCUGCAGCUCCAGUCAGACAUACUAGAAUGCACAAACACACGCGCACACACACACUUACAAACACCCCGACUUGCAUGGAUGUCCACUCAAGCGUGUUGUAGUGGGCUGUCUGCAGAUGGAUGCUUAUUGGGCCCCUGGGCCUUGUGGGGGCCACAAGAGACAAGUCAAGAGAAACAUUGGACUGGACUCUGCUUUGUUACUACUGCGGUUAUUUUAUCACCAGCUUUCACGCACAACGAGCAAAGAAAUAAACAGCCAGGUACCACAACCAUGAGGCAAAUAACCGAGAUUUACUUUGAAAUUCAGAAAAAGCUUGUAAAUUUCACUAAUAAUUACAAACUGAAAGUCACCCAUUGAAUUAAUCAUGAAAUUUAGAAGAAAGACUAAAAUAGCCUUGAUUCAUUUACUAUUUCAAUUUGUACAGUGUAUAUAUACUUAACAGUUUUAAUACUGCAA